AUGGAGCCCGCCAACAUUGCGACGUACUACAAGCAGCUCGCUUGCAGCGUCAAGCUCGCUACACCAGCCGAGCGUCAAGCUCAAGGCAUAACCCUUAGUGAAGCGGGGCAAAUGCGUCGAGCGGUCAUGGUUGCGCCUGUCGAGUUCUCCAAGACUAAAAGACGCGGACCUGCUUAG